AGCUCAAGUUUGGAGGGUUGAGAGCGGCCAGCCUCAGCGUUCAGUGGAGGAGGCUCGUCGUCCAACGCACGGGGUGACAUACCUCUCGGUCGCACUAGCGGACUCCCACGACCAAGCUUCAGGCCACUUUACGGAUUGAAAUAUUGCUUUGGUUGACUGUUCGACGGUUUUGGUUUCCAGCGACUGUGCAGACCUGAGCUGUGAUCCGGGGUUUUCUUUUUCUUUUUUUUUUGGCGCUGCAGCUCCGGGAUGAUCCAAAAUGACUUUUACUAAAUGGCCACUGGUCGGGGCUUAGCGCUGAUCCAUCGAAGAACACUAUGAGUGGAUGAAAACAAGCAGCCUUUAAUCCAGAAAGGAUUCCUCUUCUCUGUGAUAAGAGUCUACUAACCGUGUGUAAGGACCACUGGGAGUACAAGAAUCAAGUCAAGGACACGUUCACUCCCCCAUCAGCCUGAAGGAAGAUGAGAAUGAGAAAAUAAAGCUCUACAGUCGAGUAGCUUAAUGAGUACCAAGGAAUCUUAAAAACAAGCAUUUGUGCCUGUGUUUGUGUGAGAGGAUCCAGCAACCAUGUGGACAUCAGCUGUGACUAUCCACUGUCUUCUGGCUGCUGCACUGCUUUUGGCUAUUGGCUGCCUCCAAUCAGUGAUGGCCACUGACGAUGAUGUCACACCACGCAUCAGUUUCCUAUACAACGCAAAGGAGAGGUCAGCCAAGAGAUUCACUGUGGAUGGCGUCUUCAAUUACACCUCUUUGCUGCUCAGCCAGGAGGACGACAUGCUGUACGUCGGAGCCAGGGAGGCACUGUUUGCCCUCAGCCUCUCGGACAUCAGCAAGACCAAGCUGCAGAAGAACCUGACAUGGGGCACUCCUUCUGGAAAGAGAGAGGAGUGUAGCUUCAAAGGGAAGAACCUGAAGACUGAUUGCUUCAAUUACAUCAAAAUUCUUCUGCGGCUGAAUAGCACUCAUCUCUAUGUGUGUGGCACCUAUGCUUUCAGCCCUAUCUGCGCCUACAUAAACACGUCAACAUUCACACUGGAGAGAGAUGAAGUGGGCCAGGUCGUGAUGGAAGAUGGGCGCAGCCGCUGCCCCUUUAAUCCAGAGUACAAAUCCACUGCCAUCAUCGUUGACGGUGAAUUGUACACCGGCACCGUCAGCAACUUCCAAGGGAACGAACCAGUCAUUUACAAGAGUUUGGGCCAUGGAACUGCACUGAAGACAGAAAACUCUUUAAAAUGGCUGCAAGAUCCAGUCUUUGUUGGGUCGGCUUACAUCGAGGAGAGCCAACCAAUAGGCAACCCCGUGGGCGACGACGACAAGAUUUACUUCUUCUUUAGCGAGGCGGGAAAAGAAUUUGACUUCUUUGACAACACCAUUGUGUCGAGGAUUGCUCGCGUGUGCAAGGGUGAUAAGGGAGGCGAGCGGGUGCUGCAGAAGAAAUGGACCACAUUCCUGAAGGCCCAGCUCCUAUGUUCCCUCCCUGAUGACGGCUUCCCUUUCAACAUCAUUCAGGACAUGUUUGUCCUGAAGCCCAUGGGAGACAGCUGGGAGAGCACCGUCUUUUACGGUGUCUUCACCUCGCAGUGGUAUAAAGGAGCCUCAGGCAGCUCAGCUGUGUGUGCCUUCACCAUGGCUCAGGUGGAGAGAGCCUUCAGCGGGCGCUACAGAGAGGUCAACAGGGAGACCCAGCAGUGGUACACCUACAACCACCCAGUGCCAGAGCCACGGCCCGGGGCAUGCGUGACCAACCAUGCCAGGCAAAUGGGUAUCCAGUCGUCCUUGCACAUGCCUGAUAAAGUGCUCAACUUUGUCAAGGACCAUUUCCUGAUGGACAGUGUGAUCCGCAGCGCUCCCCUGCUGCUGAAGCGCAGCGUGCGCUACACACAGAUCGCCGUGCACAAGAUCCAGGGCAUGGAGAGGGCUUACGAUGUGCUCUUCAUUGGAACAGAUGAUGGAAAGCUCCAUAAGGCCAUCAAUGCCAACGAUAAGAUGCACAUCAUAGAGGAGCUGAUUCUGUUUCCUGAGCCUCAGCCCGUGCAACACAUUGAACUCGAUCCUCAGAGGGGUCUGCUGUUUGUGUCGUCCUACUCUGGGCUGGUCGAGGUUCCUGUGGCCAACUGCUCCAACUACCUGAGCUGUGGAGAGUGUGUGCUGUCCAGAGACCCCUACUGCGCCUGGACCGGGAGGCUGUGUCGGGACGUAAGGAUGGCUCCGCCUGACAGCCACUGGCAGCAGGAUGUGGAGGAGGCCGAUACAUCAGCGAUUUGUAACAAGACCUUUCCCACCACCAGAUCCACCAGACCAGCAGCUUCUCGUGGCUCCCAUUGCCAGUUCAUUACAAUCCCAGCCAACACGUUCAGAGUCCUGCCCUGCAAGCUGCGGUCCAACCUGGCACACAGGAGAUGGCGUUACAGUGACAGCGCCAGCCAGUUCCUCUACGCUACUCCCGAGGGAAACCUGGUCGUGGUGGCUCAGCCUGACAGAAUGGAGACCUACGAGUGCUGGUCAGAGGAGGAGGGUUUCCGCCAGCUGUUGGCCAACUACUGCGUGAGAGCGGAGCCCCACCAGGAGAGCACCACUAUGAUCGGUCACUCGCGCACACCACACAUUAAGCGAGAGGAGACCAUCAUCCUGCCCGGCGAGUCUCGCUCUGAGCAAGUCCACACGAAGACGUAUUGGAACGAACUGAUUGUGGUGUGCGCCCUGCUGGCGUUCUCCCUCGUGGUGUUCUCCUUGUUCGUAAUCUACAGGAACCGCGAUCAUAUGAAGUCCAUGCUGAAGCAGGGCGAGUGUCCUAACAUGCAGCAGAAGAAGCCGAGGAUAGUGGGAAAGCCAGCGGAGAGCUUACCCCUCAACGGCAACACCAUCCCUGUUUCCACUUCAGAUCACAAGGGCUACCAGACGUUAAAUGACAACUACAUCUGCAGCACACCCACGCACGAGUCCUCGCCAGACAACAGCAAGAGCUUCUCCGAGUCUUCCGACAGGCGGCCACUUAACCUGAAGGAGAGCCACGUGGAAUACUCCCCAACCUGCCCUCGGCCCAGAGUGAGGCUAGGCUCGGAGAUCAAAGACUCUAUUGUAUGAGGGCACAGUAUACGCUAAAAGAUGCCACCCUGUAUCUCCAUGAAAUCAUACAGGCCACUGAGCAAAGGAGAGGAGAUGCUGACAUCCUCCUAAAUCACAGCGCAUCUGUUAUUUUAGUCAUCUCUCUUCUGUGAUCAUGUGCGGAGGUCAUUUCAUUUAACCAUUUCCACUCCAAAGCCUGAGGUUGGUCCGGUGUGCUGCAUGGGGCUGGUAGAGGAAGCAGCACAAUAAUCUGGUUUCAACCAGGAUCACGAACCAUGGCAGCUGCUAAGAAUAGUCAUAAUAACACAGUCUUUAAGUCAUUGAGUCAUUCUCAUGGCCACUAACAACGUACGUGUGUGAGUAUAGGGCUGGGCAAUAUGGGGGAAGAAAAAAUAAAACAAUAAACAGAAGACCUUCCUCCUGUGUCAAUAUUCAUCACAGUAUCUCUUAAAUUAUGCAAGAUCCAACAUUAAAUUGUCUAGUUGAUGUUCUUUACAUGACAUAAUAAAAACAAUAGACAAUAAAUUAUAAA